AUGCGCGGGCACCAGGCAGCCGUCACCACCGUUCGCAUAUGGAGCGCCAAGGAUCGGGUCUUCAGCGCCUCUGCAGACAGUACAAUCCGGGCGUGGAAUACGACCAACGGAAAGGCUGUGGGCGCGAUCCGCGGCCACAUCGGCAGCGUCAUGUGCCUCCACCGAAACGAGACCAGCUUGGCCAGCGGCGGUGAGGACAAGAGCGUCAAAGUAUGGGAUCUCACGCAGGGGAAGAUGGUGCGAAGCAUCACCGUGCACCGCGGAACCGUUUUAUGUCUGCAGAUGGACGACACCAAAGUUGUGUCAGGAGGCGCCGAUGGUGCUAUUCACCUGUGCGACCUGCGGAAGAAGGAGCCGGAGCGCAUAGCGUUUCAGCACAAGAGCACCGUCGUCCGCGCGCUCCAGUUCGACGACAGCUGCCUCGUGGUGGGCACCGAGACCGGUGCCAUCCGCGUCCUCGACCUCAGUAGCGGUGCGUGCAUGCAGAUCUUGGCCGGCGAACACGCACGAUCGGUGUCGAGCGUGCAAUUCGACGAGAGGCGCAUUGUCUCGGGCUCGCCGGAUUGGAGCGUGCGGGUGUGGGACCGCGUCACGGGCCAGUGCGUGGAGGAGCUCGAGGAGCACAUGCGCGGAGUCUUCGCCGUGCGCUUCGACCGGCAGAAGCUGGUGAGCGGCGGCGGCGACCGGCUGGUCAAGGUGUGGGACUGGGACGACGACCUGUGGUGCAUCAACACCCUUCGCGGACACACCGGCCCCGUACUGAGCGUGGACUGCGAUGACGUGCGCCUCGUCAGCGGAGCCACCGACCACACCGUGCGGCUGUGGGACUUUAGCGAUCCUGACUACGUGCGUGGACCGCCUGCGGCUGGCGGCCUCGACGCCCUCGUGUCCGUGGCUUCAUUCGCUGGCACCACGACCAACGAGGACUGUGUCAUCCAGUAG